UGUGGCGUGUCUUGUGUUCACACCUCUAGACCUCUCAGUCUAACAGCCAUUACAUUGUCUUCGCAUCAAAACAACAGUCGAUUUCGCUUUCAUUUGAUUUCAUUUCUAUUCACCGCUCAGUUGUGUCCACACGAGUGAAGAGAAGCGCAAAAUGGCCGACAAAAUAGACAUGUCUUUAGACGAUAUCAUCAAAAAGGAUAAAAUCGGUUCCGGAAGGAGAAGAGGACAGACCGGCGGUCGCGGCAGAGGAGGCGCGCAAAGAGGCGGUCAGAGAGGCGGCGGUCGACCGCUCGUUGGCGGAGGCGGUGGUGGCGGCGGAGGGGGUCCUCAACGCAACCUUCGCAGCCGAAACAGAGCUCUGCCUUACAGUCGACCGAACCAAAUGCCGGACAAAUGGCAACACGACUUGUUCGACAACACAGGACUCAAGAGUCGGUCCAGUUUUGGUCAGAAUAGCGCCGCAACUAAAUCCGCAAACAAUAAUAACUCCCAUCUUAUGGUCUCUAACCUCGAGUUCGGUGUAACAGACGCCGACAUUCAGGAACUGUUCGCCGAAUUCGGAAACCUUCGUAAGGCUGCCAUACAUUACGACCGGUCCGGACGAUCGCUGGGAACCGCUGAUGUUAUCUUUGACCGGAAAGCGGACGCAAUGAAAGCCAUGAAUCAGUACAAUGGAGUGCCACUCGAUGGUAAACUAAUGACGUGUGAC